UAUCGUAACACUAAUCAAAUUGGGCGCUAAUGUGGAUGUGUGUGGUAGGCACGGCUGUACGGCUCUCAUGUUCGCUGUCCUGGCUAAUCAACCAAAAACUGUCAAUCUUCUGCUACAGCGAGGUGCCAGUUUUAACAUUAUGGACACGGACAAAAUCACUGCACUCAAGAUCGCUGUAUUCAAAGGUCAUUGUGAAUGUACACAAUUUUUAAUAUCUGCUUCCAAAAAUAAGAUAAACAGAAACAUGUGCGAGAAUUGGAGCUCUGAAAUCAUUCUUGCAGUUAGAAACAAUCAUACAGAUUGCUUAUCUAAUAUUAUUGAAGCUGGUUUUAACACUGAAGUAAGAGACGAAGACGGAAUGACUCCUCUUAUCUGUGCGAUCAUCACCCUGAAUACUGAUAUAUUUGAUCUUCUCAUAAGUAAGGGGACAAGUGUUAAUUUCACAGCAGGCGAGGGGAAGACGCCGUUAAUGGCUGCAGCCUGGGUAGGAGAUGUCCACAUGCUUACAAAUCUUGUGAGACUGAAGGCUGAUGUUAACAGUAUAGAUUGUAACGGAUAUACGGCCUUGAUGUUCUCAUGCAAGGAAGGACAUUUAGAGUGUGUAAAAUGUCUUGUAGAAAGUGGGGCUGAUGUUGAUAAGGAAAAUAAUUUUGGAGAAACUGCUCUUGAUAUAGCUAUCUACAAUGGACAUACUGAAUGCGCAGAUGCAUUGCACUUAAAAAAGCAAAAUGAUAUUUUCGAGAUAGGUAAAAACACUCUCUUUAAUGUUUCUUGUUCGGCCUUGUUAGAGGCAACAUUCAAUGGAGAAGAGACCAGACUUCAAAAGAUUCUGAAUGAAGGUGUAUCUACUGAUGAGAAAAAUAAAGCGUUGCUGGUUGCUUCAGCUUUGGGCAGACUUCAGUUUCUUAAGCUGUUGAUUCGUAACGGUGCUGAAGUCAACGUAUGUGAUACAUAUGGAGUCACCCCAUUAAUGGAGAGCGCGAUGGGAGAUCAUGUAGAUUGUCUGAGUGAGUUAAUUAAUCACAAGGCUGACCUCGACAUUCAAAAUAUUAAUGGCGCAACAGCCUUAAUGCUGGCAGCUAUGUAUGGGCACGAAAAGUGUUUAAAGAUGUUGAUUAGAUCUAAAUCGAAACUUAUCAUUCAGGAUAAUGAUGGACUUUCUGCUCUGAUGCACGCUACAAAACAAAAUGGCUUAAAAUGUGUGGAGAUAUUGUUAGAAGCUAAGGCAUCUGUGUGGCCGAGAGACAAGGAGAGUAAUAAUACAGUAACAAUGUACGCGGCUGAGAGAGGGUUUGCUGAUUGUCUGAAGCUACUUCUUAAACAUAAUGCACCCAGAUAUUGCCCUAACAAUAAAUUUUUAAGUGCUUACCAACUUGCUCAAAGAAAUAAUCAUACUGAGUGUUGUGAAAUUUUAAAAUAA